GGGGGUAAGAUGGGACUUGCAUUCCUCCACUCUCUUUUGUACACACCCGGUGAAUAGCCUUUAGAUCGGGCUUUGUGGGAAUGAUUGUCAGUGGCUUAAUGAGCGCCUUUGCCAAGCUAGAGGCUCUGGCAACAUGUGAUUACAGUGGCUCUGUUCCUCUCUGUCGCCAGCCUGUAUGACACAACACAGGACGGACUCAGCACUCUCCUUUUAUUUUCUGCAAAUCUGAUUUUAAGUAACUCUCUGAUUUCCUUUUUCUUGUGGAUGUUAUUACCUGGAUGGGAAUAGUUACACCCUCUCAUGGGGACCAGAGCUGAGAAUGAAGUAAAAUCUUGUACAGCAUCUCCAAGAGCGCCAGAGAAAUUAACUGAGGACGCGGGAAGAGACAGUUUUCCGAGGACGUCCGAGAAUUACAGUGAAAACCAUGAGGUUGCAGAGGAGCUUGGGAUUGGUCGCCGUGCUGGGCGCCAUCACCUAUAUUUGUGCCUUUCAUACGACUGCAGCCAUCGACAUCCCACUGGAGGUUUUAGGCCAUGUAAACAUUGAGCAGCUGCCCACCAUCACGGCUCAGUCGCCCAGCUCUCUCAUCGCCUUCCCUUUUGACGAGAGCUACCCCAUGACGUGCGAAGCCAAAGGGAAUCCCGAGCCAGAAUUCAGAUGGACGAAGAAUGGCCAGGAAUUCGACCCCUCACAAGACCCCCGGCUGAUGAAAGAGGAGAAUUCUGGGACCUUUGUGAUACCCAAUAAUGGGAACCUUACAGAGUACCAGGGAAGCUAUCGCUGUUACGCCUCAAACAAACUGGGGACCGCCAUAUCGCAGGAGAUUGAGUUCAUUGUGCCCCAUGUUCCAAAGUUUCCUAAAGAGACACUCGAUCCUGUCGUGGUGGAGGAAGGCCAGCCUUUUACUUUAAAAUGUGACCCACCUAAAGGAAUACCUCCCCUGCAGAUCUACUGGAUGACCAUCAAUCUUCAGCACAUCGAGCAGGAUGAGAGGGUGUCCAUGGGCUUGAACGGAGACCUUUACUUCUCUCACGCGGUGGAGAAGGACAGCAGGAGAGAUUACUGCUGCUUCGCUGCAUUCCCGAGAAUACGAACCAUCGUUCAGAAGACUGCCAUGUCUGUCAUUGUCAAGACAAAAAAAAGUGACAUGAGUCCUGAAACUGCUAAUGCAAUCCUUGAGAGAAGACCCUCUCUUCUGACGCCCUCUGGUGUCAAAUCAGAGACACAGCUGGUCAAAGGAGAGGACUUGAAAUUAGAGUGUAUUGCUGAGGGAUUUCCAACUCCACAGGUUGAGUGGGUGAAGAUUGGUCAUCGACUCCCCAUUAAAGCAAAACUGGAGAAUCAUGGCAAGUUGCUGAUUGUGCCGAGAGUUGAGCAGGAAGACAGCGGGAAGUACAUGUGCAAGGCGAAGAACACACUCGGGGAAGCAGUCCACUACUUCACAGUGACAGUAGAAGAACCUCCAGAGUGGGUGUCUGAGCCUGAGAGCCAGCUUAGCAUGAUUGGCUCAGACGUGUCCAUCAAGUGCUCUGCCAGCGGGAGUCCUGAGCCGACUAUAACGUGGAAAGUGAACGGCGUGCCGCUGCGGGAGUCCCCUGCAUCCAACAGGAAGGUGUUAGAUGACACUAUAGUUUUACACAACGCCAAAGCAUCGGACAGUGCAGUCUAUCAGUGCCAGGCCUCCAACAGACACGGGACGCUUCUGUCCAACGCAAACAUCAUGAUCAUGAAUAUGCCCCCCAUGAUUUUGACCACGGGUGGGGAGGAUUACUCGGCUGUGGAGGGGAAAGGAGUGAUGAUGCACUGCAAGGUCUUCAGCUCUCCUCCUUCUACAAUCACUUGGAGCAAAGAUGACUCCUCUGAGUCAGUGGUGGGACCGAGGUUUACCGUUCACGACAACGGCUCUCUGGAGAUCUACAGCGUCGAGAAAGAUGACACGGGGCAGUACACAUGUUUAGCCAAAAACACAGAGGGAACGUCAGCCGUCGAGGCCAUGCUCUAUGUGAAAGAUCCCACCAGAAUAGUCGCGCCCCCAGAGGGCCAGCAGAUCUUAAUAGGUACCACGGCCCAGCUCUCAUGCCUCGCAGAGUACGACAAGUCCUUCAGCAACGACUUUGAGCUCCUGUGGGAAAAAGAUGAUAUGGAGAUAGCCCUCAACUACACGGAGAAUUCAAGCAGAUACUUUGCAGAGGACGGCAUUCUUCAGAUUUUCAAUGUAAGCCACAGGGACCAGGGUGUGUACACAUGUGUGGCGAGAACUCCAGUGGACCAAGACACGGCGUCUGCGCUGCUGAUGGUGUUAGAUGUCCCUGAUGCACCUGAGUACUUGGUACUGUCUGAACACAAGAGCAAAAGUGUGAAACUGAAAUGGAUCCCCGGGGACGAUCACAACAGUACAACCACAGAGUUUAUUAUCGAGUACGAGGAAAGCCAGUGGGAGCCAAGAAUCUGGAAGGAGCUGCUCCGCGUACCCGGGAACCACAACUCGGCUGUCCUUAAACUCCACGGCCACGUUGACUACUGCUUCCGCGUGUCUGGCGUUAAUGCUGUAGGGAGGGGUCCUUCCAGUGAGCCCACAGAGAGAUACAAAACCCAGCCUGCAGCUCCUGACAAGAACCCAGAAAAUAUCAAAAUCGAAGGUCAUUUGCCACAUGAAAUGGAUAUCAACUGGGAGCCCUUGUUACCCAUUGAGCACAAUGGUCCUGGUCUGGAGUAUAAGGUGAGUUAUAAGAGACAGGACGUGGAGGAGGACUGGAAGGAGCACAUGGUCAAGAGACACUCAUUUGUGGUGAAGAACACUCCCACCUUUGUGCCCUACGAGAUCAAGAUCCAAGCCAGAAACCAUCAGGGCUGGGGCCCCGAGCCAAAGAUAGUGACUGGCUUCUCAGGAGAGGACUUUCCCUCUGCUGCACCUGAUGAUGUAGCUGUGGAGGUGAUAAACAGCUCAGUGGUCAAGGUUAGCUGGACGCGUGUACACAAGGACAACUUACAUGGACAUCUGGGAGGCUACAGGAUAAGCUGGUGGCGUCUGCGGAGUCUGGUGAACUCGAAGAAAGACCAUGGAGAGAAAGAAUCACUAGCGUUCCCUGGGGACCGGAACCACGCUGUGGUAUCGGGACUAACGCCCUUCUCCGAGUACACCCUCAUCGUCAUGACCUUCAACGGUCGGGGUAACGGCCCGGGCAGCCAUCCCAUCAACUUCAAAACCCCAGAGGGAGUCCCGGAGAAAAAUCCUGUUUUCAGGGCUACGGAUGUGCAGAAGCACAGUGUCUCUCUGGUCUGGGCCCCACCACUGGAGCCUAAUGGGAUUCUCACCGGGUACCUCCUCGACUAUCAGCUCAUCAACGACACAGAUGAAGCGGGGCAGCUGCAGAGUGUAGACAUCAGCAACCCCGACACAACCAAGUGGAUCCUGCGCGACCUGGAGCCCGUGAGCAAAUACAAGUUCUACCUGCGUUCCUGCACCACGGUGGGCUGCGGGCCUGUCGUCAGCGAAGAGUGCACCACCACCCUAGAAUCAACUUCCACUUUGGCUUCCACUGUCGGCCUCAGCAAGUCAGCUUCCCCCUCACCUCCAAGCACUCCAAAGUCCCCAGUGACCAAACCCACUCGUUCCACCAUAGGUCUGGCCAGCAUCCACGGAGGAAUAUCUACCCAGGGCUGGUUUAUCGGCCUGAUGUGCGCCAUCGCUUUCCUCACACUCAUUGUGUUGAUCGCCUGCUUUGUCAACAGAAAUAAGGGAGGGAAGUAUUCAGUAAAAGAAAAAGAGGACCUCCAUCCAGACGUGGAGUCCCAGGGCAUGAAUGACGACACAUUCUGUGAAUACAGUGACAACGACGAGAAGCCACUGAAGGGCAGCCAACACUCGCUGAGCAGAGAGAUCAAAGCAGGGGACAGCGGGGACAGCCUGGUGGACUACGGUGACGAGGACGUUCAGUUCAACGAGGACGGCUCCUUUAUCGGCGAGUACGCCGGGCGAAAGGAGAAGAGGGUGUCCGCUGAGAUCAAAGCCACCGUCCAGACCCCGGCAUGAGGAGCAGAACCGCCAUCCACUGUCCCCCGGACACCGUUUUCAUUAAACCUGCUUCGAUGAACAAAUGAAAGGAAACAGACAUUAUCCAUACCGAGCACAAGUUUUGUGUCAAAUGUAAUGCGUCAUUGCAAACUGCACACUGCCACCCUCAUUUUAUAAAGCUCUGUUUUGUCAAGUUGCAACAGAAUGACCAUUACUAAAUACUGUGUAUAUAUAGUGUAUAUUGUACGUGCGGAGUGUCUUUUUUUUUAUAAUUAUUAUUACACAAAAAGUUUAGAGGGCUUGGAUUUUCUUUCUUUUUUUAUGUCCAUUACUUCAGCUGCAGUACUGUUUGUACAAAUGUUUCACUCUCCAUUGCACAUCAUUAAAUGCAGCUUUGCCUCUGAUGUCAUCUUGUAGUAGACCACGUGGGGAUAUCAAGAUUGGAGCGAAUAUUACUGACCUUUUAUAUUUGAAAUGGAUUCAUUAAAUAUGAUGUAAGAUGUGUAUAAAGGUUGCCUAUUAACUUAUUUUUUCCAGUGGUUUUAUACCUGACAAAAUAACAACAUUUACAUAUCCUUACAUAUCAUUCACUGAUUCUCCAGUCAUGAUUCUCCCUGUGAUGUUAGAAGAAAAUAUAAUGAAUUAUUAUGUCUUGUUUAGCAUUUAGUUCCACUGGCAAGUAUAAAUCACAAACCUCAGUCUGCACUUAUUAAUACCAUUACACAUCACUGCUGCAGCAGAUGUGAAAGACAGUUUCAAAAAUGUAAUCCAACACUUGUUAUUACAAAUCUGAUUAUGAGUAGAACAUGUUUGAAUCAGUCAUUCACUUUUUAUCAGAAUUUUUAAUAAAGUACAAUUACAGUUCAAUCCUGUUUAUAGACAACAUGUUUUAUAAUACUGCCAUUGCCAAUAGCUGCUAUUUCAAAUGAACUUUCUCUGAAAACACAAUUUAGUUAAAUUAUAUAUCUUUAAAUGAAUAGUUUGACAUUUUGGGAAAAAUGUGUUUGCUUAUUAUUGUAUUAUGAAGAGUGAGAUGAGAGGAUUGACAUCACUCAUGUCUGUACAGCAAGUAUGAUGCUAGCAGCUGCUUAGCUUAGCUUAGCUUAGCUUUGCAGAAAGACUGGAAAUGGGGAAACCUGUAAAUCUCAAUAAAAACCAUAUCUAGCCAUAAACCAUAAAUAGCUCUUGUGAAACAGGUAAAUGUCGUUAUAAAACGUUCAUGGAAUAAAGAGAUGAAGUAUACAGUGGUAAUUAAUGAGCUUGGAGCUGGUGAGUGUUCUGGUAAACAGAUUUAGUUUCCUCUGGACAGCCUGGGUGGCUGUUUUCCUAUUACUCCAGUCUUUGUGCAAAGCUAACACACUGCUAGCAGUAGUCUAUAAUCAGUGUGCAGACAGUCUCGUAAAGCAAAUAAACUUAUGUCCCAAAACAUUUAAUAAUUAUUCCUUUAAGCUGCUCCAGUGAUUUAGUAUCAUAUCUCCAUAAUGUUUGAGACAUGUUAAAGAAAUAAUGAUGAAAAUUGCAGCAGAGGCCACGAUAUUCUGACUUUUAAGAGUCAAACUUAAAAAAUACUAGAUCCUAUACUUUCCACAAUCCACCUUUCUCUCAUUAGAAACAUAAUAUCAGGUAAAUGCCCAGGUCUUUCACAUUCCACACUUCCAGUUUGUAAUGCCAUAAUGUGUAGUCUCAAGUCCAAGCUGAGACAACCCUGGUGACAUCACUGUGACAUCAUCAGGGUUAAGUUUUGAGACUUGAUAGUACUUCUCCAGAGCCACAGAACACUACAACAGUAUUUAUACACUGAAUAGUACUCUGCAUGGUACCUGUAAUGAAUAUUUUUGUAAUCAGAUUACUUUGAUCUGGUUGCGUGACAUUUGCCAUCUUCCUACCUACCUACUCGGAUACAAUGUACUCAGUGUUGCAUCAGUCUUAACAAGCUUUACUUUCAAUAUACUGCCAUUCAAGACACAGUCCUUCUGUUGUUGUCCUGUGUUAACAUUAGCACCAUGUUCAGAAAAAAAAUUGCAGUGUUUUAUAAAGAUUCAGCCAUUGCAUGUUAAGAAUGUUAAUUGGUGUUUUUGAUGUCAUUAAAUUGCUUUACUUUCUUA